CAACCUGGUUAGUAAGAAGGUUCAUGACUCCAACCUCAUCAAGGCUUUGGCCGGUAUCUGUGACGACGGCAUAGCCUACAGGCGGGAUGGGUCUAGAUGGCGUGCUCUCGGGUUCAAAUCCCACCACGUCCCCACGACGCCCUCUAGAACUCACCACAAAAAUGAACUUGUUUCCCCCGACACCCCAAUCAGAGAAACCAGGGAAGGAUUUAACUAG